ACUGACACAUUUAAACUCAAGGCACACAAGGGAGUUCACACUGGGGAGAGGCCGUUCACCUGCUCAGACUGUGGGAAAGGAUUCAAACGGUCAGCACACCUACUGAGACACCAGUCAGUUCACACUGGAGAGAGGCCACUCACCUGCACAGAUUGUGGAAAGGGAUUCACUGAGUCAUCUCAACUGAAGGUACAUCAGCGAGUUCACACUGGGGAGAGGCCAUUCAGUUGCUCCGACUGUGGGAAGGGGUUCACUCUGUCAUCCACCCUGCAGAGACACCAGCGAGUUCACACUGGGGAGAGGCCGUUCAUCUGCUUGGACUGUGGGAAGCAAUUUACUUGGUCAUCCCAACUGAAGGUACAUCAGCGAGUUCACACUGGGGAGGGUCCAUUCACCUGCUCAGUCUGUGGGAAGGGAUUCACUCAGUCAUCUGCUCUACUGAGACACCAGUCAGUUCACACCGGGAAGAGACCAUUCACCUGCUCAGACUGUGGGAAGGGAUUCACUCAGUCAUCUCAAUUGAAGGUACAUCAGCGAGUUCACACGGGGGAGAGGCCAUUCACCUGCUCAGUCUGUGGGAAGGGAUUCACUUCGUCAUCUCACCUACUGAGACACAAGUCAGUUCACACUGGGGUGUAGCCAUUCACCUGCUCAGACUGUGUAAAUGGAUUCACUUCGUCAUCUCAACUACGGAGACACCAGUGUGUUCACACUGUGUAGAGACUGUUCACCUGCUCAGACUUUGGGAAGAAAUUUUCUCAGCCAAAUCAACCAAAUGUGCAUCAUUGAGUUCACACUGGGGAGAGGCCAUACACCUGCUGUGAAUGUGGUGAAGGAUUUGUGAUGGAAAUGGACUGUGCCUUUAAAAGAGAGAGAGAGAGACUGACUACAGUACUGCUGCCUGCUUCUUGGUUGCUAUGGUGAGAGAGAGGUGGAGUUAUGUGAUGGACAGUUUGAUGUUCACAGUUGCUUCACAGCGUGUUUAUUUGAGCAAGGUCCCAGAGACACACAGUGGGACACCAGUUAAGGCAAACGGUCAAUGAAAGGAGGCCAGUACCAGAAGAGUCACUUGGGGGAACUUCCGAGUGCUCACAAGGGUGUGUUGAGGAUCGAUCAGAAGAAUCGAUCAGUGGCUAUCAUGGUGUGUAGAAGGGUGACCCUGUGGAGGCUACCGGUGUGUCUACCCCUGCCUGGGUGGUAGCUUACCCUCGAAGACGGUCCCCUUAGUGAUAAGCUAUGUUUGGCUGACUCGAAAGUGGAUUCGGAGCCCGAUGAUGGAAGAUCAAUGUCACAUGUUUGCUCGUUCUUCUCCUGUUGUGGUUUUCACAUUGGAUUACAAAUACGUCUCUCCCUCUCACACCAGUUCCGUGGAUUGAACUGAACUUCCUUACAUUACCAUUGUAAGACUUUAACUCUUGCCACCCGAGCUUUAACCAUUUUGGGAAUUAUGUUUGUACACAUAUAUAUGCAUAACACUGCUAACAUUUGAUUUACCUGGUUUAAGUUACUAUAUUAAGUAGUUACUAAUAUAUAAAGGUUUUUAACAUCAAAACCAGACUCCAGGUGAGGUCUACUGCUAGUGGUUCAUUUAAACUGCUGCGUGUACGAAACAGAUUCAUUCAGUUGUCUAUCCUUAUGGCACACUACCAGGUUCACACUGGGCAGUGACUUUUCACCUGCUCUGAAUGUGGGAAGUGAGUCACUCAGUCAUCUAACCUCAUGUAACUCUUGCUUCCGCUAGCAGCUUAAUAUAGGGGGUAAUAGCCCCCAGAUCAGCAAAACUUAAGAAAUCUCAGUUGGGUGGAUGCUGUGUGAUGUGUCCCCUGUUACAAAUCAGUAACCUGAAAUAACAAACAGUACACAAUAUGUGAUUCAACGACUGAGCUUUAUAAUUCUUACUUUGACUAUAGGGUUAGUGAAGUAAACAAAAAAAAAGAAAAAGGGCCCACUCUCUCUACUCGCGAUUUCUCAUCUCUCCCCAGCAAAAGACCAUGAAAAUCUCUCUUCCAGACUCACAAGGAAGAACAUUUCUGUCAUUGGAUAGCCCCACACUCCAAAACCCUGUUAUCUCCAGUUGUAAUCUAAACAUUGCUGCUACAGAGAAACCAUUACCUCAGCAGUGAAACAUUACAGAGAGGCCAUUACAUGAGCAGUGAAACCUUAUAGCAUGUUACACUUGUGACACACUACCGAGUUCACACUAGGGAGAAAGUUUCAAUAAGCUUCAUGCUGGAUAUUUGACCAUCACCGUUGCUGAUGCAAUUUCGAGAGUGACUGUCGGUGCUGAACUCUGCAAUUAUUGCUGCUGCUCACCACACCCAGUUCUGCACCCUGGUCACUGGGCAUGGGAGGAGUUUCUUCUGCUGCAUAUUCACCUUUAAUGGAACUGGAGUUUAAUAUUCUGGAUCUGAGACAAAUAAAUCAGUUUAUUUUAAACUGUCUCCAGUACUUAGUGAAUUUAUAACAUACACAGACAUCCCACCCUGCAAAAACUCAUUUCAGGGAGGUAGCACCAUCAAUUUGCAGGAGACUACUGGGAGGGGUGGGAUGUCUGCAAUAGAGUAGCUCCUUAGCAGCUGGCCAGCUAGUUUAAAUAACGUUAGCUAUGCUAAUGAACGAAUGACAUUUGUUAAACUCACCUCAACAUAUCUUUUACAGUCUUAACCCACCAUGGGCAAUAGAAAAGUCACUGUUGCAAACAGUGCAGCGAGCAACACUGUCAUUAUUUUGACCCCUAUUAGCCAGGGGUACACUUUAGUGUGGUCUGGGGUGACGUACAUUUUAUAUAUUUUUUGGAACACUCUGCCACUCUGACUUUUUUUUGGAACUCUCUCACUCGUGCGCGCGCGCUCUCUCUCGCUCGUGGUGGCUUUCACUCGCACUUGCUUUCUCGCUCUUGCUCUCGCGCUUGCUUUCUUGCUCUUGCGCUCGCUCUCCCUUGCGCGUUCUGUCACGCUCGCUCUCAAAAAAAUCAAUUUCCGGGACAUUGUAUAUAAUUUGCGGGCAUCAGGGAGCCACUAUUAAUUUGCGGGAGACUCCCGGAACUUCCGAGAGAGGUGGGAUGUCUGACAUACAUAGUGUACAGUAGAGAGUCAACUCAGGCCGGUUGGACCUUGCCAGUGAUUCUGUUCCACAACAGUCCUUUUAAAUCCUCCCCUGUUGUUCACCUCUUGCUCUCCCAGUGGUGAUGGGUUCCAAACAGUCUCCACUCUGUGGGCGAAGAAGUUUCCCUUGAAUUUUCUGCCGACUGAUGAAAUCGAGCUGACUGCAGUUCUGUCUGUCAUGUUCUUUGCCCCUCAAAUCUCUGGGCUGAGGAAGAAUGACAUUGGUAGUUAAGCUCCUUAAUCACGACUCAUUUCCACAUUAUGGGUCAUUUUCCCUGCUUCUAAAGUGUUGUUUGAAAACAGUACUGUCCUCUACAGACUGUAAGCAGAAAUGGGAAACCAUCAGUUGGAUUUUCAAUGAAAUAAGGUCAGAAACCAGAGGCAAGUCUGCACAGGGCAGAGUUUGGGGCUCUGGAUGGUGGUCGGGGUAUGAACGUAUGAUGAGGAGAAGGGAAUUCAGCAGUGGGGCAACGAAUGACAGUGUAGCAGCAUUUGGAAGAUGACGGACUGAGAAAAUAAUUUGGUUGUCUGACUGAUGACACAAACAAUGCCCUGUGAUGUUGACCACCUCCAUUGGUCGAGGGACCUGUGUGUUGGGAAUGGUUAUAUCUAUGGAUUGAGUUGUUCCUGUUUGUUUGUCCUGUAAUAUUAUCUCCAGAUUGUUAAUACGGAUUGUCCUAUCUGUAAUAAUAUAUUGAUUAACUAUAACUUGUCAGAUUUUGACUCUGAAACUGGAUCAGGCUUGAAUUUAUGGAGCCUUUAUGAGGUUAUGGUGGUCAUUCACGAGCUUAAAGCACGAUUUUGGUGAACUAUAUUUGCCACCUGAUCGUAUAUUUGAAAGUAAGCAGGUUGAGUUCAACUGCUGCAGGUUCCUGGAAAGUGUUGGAUUGUGUCUGGUUUCUCUUGGCAUUUUCUGCAUUCAUCACCUUGUUUAUUAGUCUUUUAUGUAUUUUUGAUAAUUUUUAUGUUAACCACCCUGUCCUGUAUUUCUGCAAGAAACUUCUCUCUCUGCGAAGACAUCUCCUACUUUGAGUCAGUCGUUCGAUGCUUCCUUGACGAACAUCUAGUC